AUGAACCAGCAAUGUAAAGUGUGCGGAGAGCCUGCUGCCGGUUUUCACUUUGGUGCAUUUACUUGUGAAGGAUGCAAGUCGUUCUUCGGGCGGACGUACAACAACCUGUCCUCGAUAUCGGAGUGCAAGAACAAUGGCGAGUGCGUCAUCAAUAAAAAGAACAGGACGGCGUGCAAGGCGUGCCGCUUGCGAAAGUGCCUCCUCGUCGGCAUGUCGAAAUCUGGAUCGAGGUACGGCAGGCGGUCCAACUGGUUCAAAAUCCACUGCCUCUUGCAAGAACAGCAGCAGCAGCACAUUCAACACUUGCAAACUAAUAAAUCAGCGCCGACAUUUAAUGCAUCCAUCAAUCCCUCAUUUCUCCCAACGAAUCUUUUACCGGCCGCGGCGCUUGCGGAAUACUACAAGAAUUCAGAGAAGACGGGCUACACAGAAGAUGUGACGCGGCAGAGCGUAUCGCCGUCAGACUCGGGCGCUUCGUCGGCCGAUCCAGAAGAUGACAAUAGUUCCAGAAGCACCAGCGGCUUGAGUAUAUUCCGGCCUGCGUCAUCACCUAGUAGCGAUAAAGAUAUCCGCUUACACGCUAUAAGAAAUCAAAAUAAGGAUGUGAGGCGAAAGAAACCAUCCUUAGCACCAUUUGGAUUGUCACCACCUAUGUCCGCGGCAAGCUUUACUCCACGCAGUGUGCCAUUUAUGCCAUCUCCCAUUGGGCAGUUACGGCAGAUCCCAGCUAUGAGCUGGCAAGGUCGCAACGGAGGCGAUUUGCUCCUCCAUUCUCCAGCUGUUGCAGGUAUAGCUGUGGAACAAGACCAGCCGAUAGAUCUUUCAAUUAAAUCCACAGCUGUGCUCUUUAGAAGUCCUAAAAACGAAGAAGUCAGCGAUUCAGAACCUGAGCUCAGUAUUGACCUGAAUACUGAUAGCAAAGACAUGAUGAAGAACCCGCUGGAUUUGAGUCUCGUAUCUAAACGGACUGAAGAAGUGCCUUUAACGGGGUAA